AUGAGCCCUAAGGAGGACUCGUCUUCUUCCGGAUGCAGAAGUCCACCUGCGGGGGAACAGUCGGCAAAUCAGGGAUACGUGUUUCCUGAGGGUAAAGUAAUGCCGAACACCAUUUUUGUCGGAGGGAUUGAUGUUCGGAUGGAUGAGAUGCAGAUUAAAGACUUUUUUUCUAAAUAUGGAGUAGUGAAAGAAGUGAAGAUCAUUACUGACCGGUCCGGGGUUUCUAAGGGAUAUGGCUUUGUUUCCUAUUGUGACGAUGUUGAUGUCCAGAAAAUAGUAGAAUCACAGAUCAAUUUUCACGGAAAGAAACUGAAGCUUGGACCAGCCAUAAGAAAGCAUAAUGUGUGCACCUAUGUACAGCCAAGACCAGUUGUCAUUAACACUCCUGCGCCUCCCUAUCCCAGCAUGUGGAGCCCUCCUGUAUCUGAUCCAUAUAUUCAGCAGGCACCAGUUUUUAGUCCAGUGACUCAGUAUAUGCAGACUUGUCCUUACCCAAGCAACACACAGAUCAUGUAUCCGAUACCAGUGGGACCCGGAUAUUACCAAUACCAAGCACCACCACCUCCGCAAUGGCCUAACUUUGUCUCUCCACAGGUUGAUGCUUCGGCAUGGAAUACAGGUAAUGAAGUUACUAGUGAAAUUUUGCCUGCCGAAAUUUUGUCAAUCCAGGAGCAACCUGUUUCAACAAGUCCACAAAAGAAAGUGGAUAGAAGCAUUCAAACGGUUUUAUCGGGUCUUCUUAAUGGAGAUGGGAUUAUUCAAAGAUCGUUCAUUUCACACGAUGAUUAUUACAGGGAUAGAAGAACAAAUCAAUUUAGAAGAAGACCGGUCAUGAAGCCAGCCUUUGAAAAAGCCGGAAUUUGAAUCCUGC